GACGCCAACCACGACGAAGAUUGGGAUUUGUUCUUGGCAAUCUCCUGAGAGAAAAUACGGGGACCCUGCUACUGAACUCUUGUUUGAAUUCCGAAGUUUUUCCCAACUCAUCUUCCAAUUAGUAGGUUCCUGAAGAUGGCCCAAAAGUCCGCAGCCACACUGCUGCAGCUUGCUGCAAAGAGUCUGCUGAGUAAUGAGCCUGCAGCUAUCCAUGCCCUGGGAGAACUCCCAAGAGAUAUUUUUGUUCCAUUGUUCAAUGCUGCCUUCUUGGGCGGACACAAGGAGACACUGAAGGCAAUGGUGAGAGUUUGGCCCUUUUACUGUCUCCACAUCGGGGCACUGAGUGUACAAGAAACGUGCUACGAGGUCUUAGAAGCCAUGGUUGAUGGUCUGCAGCUACUCCCUACCCAGGACUCUUCUUCUUGGGGGACCAAACUGAAGAUCCUAGAUUUAAGACAGGAUCUGGACUGUGAGACAACAUGCUCUGACAAGUCCACCCACUCUUUCUGUUUCCAGUCUUGUAUUUACUCUGACCACUCUAUCCUUAAGAUAGAAGAAGCCCAGCAUAAUGUCAGGUGCCUUGGAAUUGGUGAUUCAGAGUCGGUUCCUCAGUCAGUCUGGGAACCCCUGGAAUUAGUAAUGGACAUUUCCUUCAAUGAUGCUGUGAAAGCAAAGCAUUUUCUUUCUUUCCUUCGGAAUAAAGUUGAGCAGAGCUUUGGGUCUUUGCACCUUUGCUGCAGAAAUUUGCAAAUUGAUAAAAUGUCUGCCCUGAGGAGUAAUUUGCAGUUUCUGGAUAUGGGAUGCAUUGAUCAUCUGGAAGUCGAUGACGUUUUACUGAAUGAAGUCAGCAGCAUUUUGUCUCAGAUGAGCCACCUGGAGAGCCUUAAUCUGUCUAACAUUCCCUUCAAAUCUUGUAAAGGGAGAAACUUAAGAACUUUUCUCACCUGCCUCGGGCGGCUGGAAAGCCUCCAGGAGCUUAACUUGUCUUGUUUCUGCCUCACAAAUCAACUGCACAGACUGCUCAGAGUCCUGCCACCUCAGUUAGAUACGUUGUGUCUGUCCUUCAGUGACCUUUCUAAAAGAGAUAUCACUGUCUUGUCCCAGAGCUCUCACGCCACCCACCUAAGGCUGUUGAAUCUCAGUAACAACCAGAUAUUCUGGGACGUUGAUGAGCCCUUCCUCAUUCUACUGGAGAAGCUCUCAGGCACCCUGCAGCAUCUGGAGAUAAAUAAUUGCCUGAUAACUGAUGGUAUUCUCACUACUCUCAUCACAACCCUGAGCCAGUGUUCUCAACUCCGUGUCUUUAGCUUUGCCUUCAACCCCGUUACGAUGCCUGCUCUCGUCAACCUUCUGCAGCAAUUGACAGCCAUGAAGGAGCUGAAGUUUGUGAUUUAUCCUGUCCCUAUUCAUUGCUAUGAACAGGGGAAUUUUCAUGGCAAUGUGGACCAUGACAAAUUUGCUGAAGUGCAAACCCAAUUGAAGGAGAUGCUGCAAGAGGAAAAGCGGGAGGACAUGAGCUGGACCACCUAUCUUGACUGAUUUCCACAGUGCAAGAAGCUGUUUCAGCACUGCUGUGUAGUCAUAAAAGCAUUCAGACUUUUGCCUGAAGCCCACGUCUGUGAAGAAAUGUCUGCAAAAUUUUACUGUUCCAGGAAACUGGGUUUAGGAAAAUUGGAUAUGUAAUUGACCUUUAUAAAAAAGGAAAUAGAGGAAUUGGAAAGGUCCUGUGCCUCUCUUGCCCUAUGCCCAUUACAGCUUCGAGUCACUAACCACAGUGUUGGGAUGUGAUAUAAGCCAGCCUAGUCAUCGUGCAUCAUUUUUCUGUCUGUUUGGCCACUUACAGCCACUUGACGUGAAUGAGAUAGUUGUUGAUACCAGGAAUUUUCCUCUCUGGGUGCUACAAGCUUCUUUUACUUCUGAUUGCCUUAGAUUGCUUAUGAGAAACUGUAUACAGGGUAAAGGAAACAAACAACUAUGCUUCCUAACUACUGGUGUCUUCACCAACUUGUUGCUACCUGCUUUCCUGGGUCUCAGGACCCUGGCUUAGUUAUUCUUUAUAUCACACACAUUUACCAUUCACCAUCUAUUAUGAUUUAGGUACUGUUGCAGGUGCUAGUAAAAACAAAAUCCCUGAUCUCAAGCCACUCUGGGUACAGAUGUUACUGUGAUUUGUUAGUUUCUCUACUCUUCCUUAGGGUUUUUGGUAGUUAUCUAUUACCCUCUAGUAGCCUAGAUUUCCCCCCACUUUUUCCCUUACAUAAUUUGCUCAUGUUAAUCUCUUUAUGCUGUUGGAUAGCUGCUUAACCCUCAAGUCGUUGCUUAAAUAUUCCCUCCUCAGAGAAGUUUUCUCUUACUUUCUUAUUUCAAUAGGUUUAAUUUGCUGUUCUCUUUCAUAUGCCAUGUAUAUUUCCCUUAUGUAUCACAUGAUUCCAUGUGUAUUUGCUCCCUGUGCUCUUCCAUUAAAUUUGCACUAUACAGCAUGGGACACACUAGCCGUAUGUGGCUACUGAGCACUAGAAAUUUGGCUACUCUGAAAUCUGAUGUACUGUAAGUGUUAAAUGCACACUCUAUAUUCUCAAGACAUAGUAAGAAACAAAGGAUGGAGAAUAAUGAAGCAAUAAUUUACUUAUACUGUUCAUAUGUUGAAAGGAUAACAUAGUAC